UUCUUUACCCUGGCACCGAGAGCUUCUGUAGAUUUCUAUUUGAAAUUGUCAAUCUGUGAACAUGGAAUUUGUCGACUAUAGGGACUUUACAACAGGUCCUUUUUAAUUAGCCAUCUUUCUCCCAAAUUAAUUAAAAAUCGUUUUAUCAACGUCAUUGGUGUGUGCUUACAUGUAUCAAAUUGACGUACAACUGACUAAAUUCAUGACAUCCCUUGAUCAGGUGAAAAUGGACUCGCCCUACCUGUAUUAACCUUUCUGAUAAUUUAGCGACAUCAUGGCUAACAAGGCCACUAAAAUUGUUUUGGUUUCUCUUCUGGUAUGUUCUGCUGGUAUGAUCUUCUUCCUCCUGAGUUUUGGGACCGGAAACUGGUUACAGCCCAACGCGAAUGACAACCAAGGGUUUCUGAGUCUCGGCUUGUGGGAAGCCUGCUUCCGGAGUUGGCGGUACUACAAAGACCCUACACAAAAUGUUUAUGAUGGCUGCAGGUGGAUGCUGUCGUCCGAUUUCGACGCAAUCAGAGAGUGGAUUUGGCCGUCGUGGUUGCGGGGAGUACAAGGCAUCAUGUGUGUUUCCCUGAUUCUGCAGAUUUUCGUCAUCAUUGGCUACGUCAUCGUCAUGUUCCACAUGUUACGUCAGAAGUUUAUUUUCAUCACGUUGUUGAUCACCGCGGGGAUAAACUUUAUCUCAGCUUUUCUGUGUUUCGUGAGCUUGAUUGUAUUCCACACCAAAGCUCUGAAUGAUCUUCGAUGGGUUGAAAACGAGGAAAAACACAAUCAAGGGUGGUCCUUCUACAUCCUCAUUCCCGCCAUCGUAUGUUUCGUCAUUUCCGGUUUGACAACAAUCAUGGCUGCUAGGAGGUUUCGAAGAGACGCUAAUGAUCGACCAAGGGCAAUUCCGUAUCGGUCCUGAACGGUCUAUAAUUGACUGUUGGAUAUUAUUCAUCAAAUGCAACAUCAUGGUGCUGUCUCAUUGCCAAAGGGUAAAACAAAAUCCACGGCACUGAAUAACUACCUCGGUGUCCAUUCCGGCCAUCGAUGGAUCUUGUAGUUGGAUGGAGUCACGUGCUGAACUAGUGUUGUGAAUGCACUGUUUUGUAAAUAGCUGGUUACAGAGAAAAUUUGUUUUGUAUACUUUAGCAAAGAGAAUUUCACAUACACACACACACACACACACACACACACACACACACACACAAAUGAAAAUUGAUUUCCAUAAGAACAAUAAUUUAAUGGUUGAAACUAUUCAAAUGAUAAACAAUUUUUAAUAGCAAAUUUCUUUUUUGCUUAAGGAAGAUACGCUUGGUGCUAAAGGUCAUAUGAAAGGUUCCAACAGCUUCUAAGAUUGUGCCAUUAUAAAAUGCAUUUUUUUCUUAUUAACUAUACGAACCGAAAAUCACCGGAUUACUAAUGUUUCUGCUCUUAUUGCUAAAAAGCAAAGUGUUACAGUCUUUUACUACAGGAAAUGGAGUACUCGCUUUUGUAUGUGUAGCUAAGUAGCAUUGGUAGUAUCAUAUGAAUAAUCUUACGAUGAUUUCAAAAGGCAUCAAUAAACAAAAUGCAUCAACAGGCGCGGCACGUUGAUGCAGGAAUUUUCCGUCCAACAUGUAGUUUUUGAAUGGUAUCCCGGUCAGCCGAAAAAUGUUAGUAGAGUAAUUUCUUAUCAUUUAAUUCCCCUUGUAUUGAUUUAUAGAUACUAUAUUUUUAAGAACUCUAAUCGUGGUGUUAAGGUACAAAUUUCAAAACAACGGGUUGUUGUGAUGCAAUUUUCAGUGGAUGUAGGUAGUAAUAGAAAUUCUCAACCAAUCAGAAUCGCUGUAUCAUUGUCAGUCUCAUAAAAAUUAGAUAAUGUGAAGACGAAUCUGCAAUUUGAUAAUUAUGUGGUAUCUUACAUGAUGAGCUAUACAGUAUUUUAUCAUAUACACUUAGGGACACGAUAUGUACACGUAGUCCUCUUAAAUAGGAACUAAAGUCCCAACAUCCCACAAGAGGCACUGUAGUGGCCUCCAAAUCAUAUUGCAAUUAAACAUGCUGUUGUAAAUAAUCUUCAUUGUUCAAUGCACUGCGUGCACCUGUUUAUAUUGAAUAAGACAAUGUUUACAUUAGUGGCCAUUAGAGAUGAUAACUUUACAGAAGUUGGUUAAAAAUCAUGUAGCAGCGAGUUACUUAGUAUAUGUAUGUGUAGAAUUAACUAUUAACGGGCAGGUAUUUUGUCUAGAGUGGUUUUUCUUAUCCUGAAAUCGACAGUGAAAUCUUCCGUAUUUUAAAAGUUUUUGAACUUUUGAUGGGUUGUUCUUGUGUUUUUUUUAUCAUAAAACUCCAUUCCAGUCAUUUUGAUUGAUACAGAGUCAUUAUGACAGAGUUAAUUGUUGUGUACUUUGAUACAGAGUCAUUAUGACAGAGUUAAUUGUUGUGUACUUUGAUACAGAGUCAUUAUGACAGAGUUAAUUGUUGUGUACUUUGAUACAUAGUCAUUAUGACGGAGUUAAUUGUUAUGUACUUUGAUACGAGUUUUGUUUUCUGUGUUAUUAUUAUGUUUGAAGUGUUUUUGUAUUUUAUUUUAUUUUUUUAUUUUUUUUUUUUUUGUAUAGUAUAAACUGUGACGCAAUAAAUAGUCUUCUAGAGACGAGCUACAAUGUAA